AUGUCCGUGUACCUCGAUGCGACGCUGCAUCCUUUGCUAAAAAAGAGCGACUUCAUCCAAGAAGGAUGGAGGAUAGGUCCCGAGAACCCGAAGGCAGCCGAAGCUGGGGAUGCUGCUAAACCGGAAAAUAGCAAACUAGUCUUCAAGGGCGUCGUCUAUAAUGAGAUGAAGGGUCAAAUGUCAGAUGCUGGCUACCUAUUCUACAUCAGAUUCCAGGACCACAUAUUUCCGGCCAUCAACAACUCAGGGGGUGAUCCACAGAAGAUUACUGACUUGACCUACGAACAGCUGAAGACAUUCCACGCUGAACACUACCAUCCCAGCAACUGCAAGGUUUUUACCUACGGGGAUAUGCCUCUGGGAGAGCAUUUGAAGAGUGUCGAUGCCCAACUAAGUGCCUUUAGAAAGAUUGAAGGAGAUUUUGAGAUCCGGAGGCCGAUAGACCUGAGCGGUGGACCCCGAGAGGUUACUGUUGCUGGACCUAUUGACCCCUUAGUAGACAAGGAUAUGCAGUACAAAACUUCUACCUCCUGGCUUAUGGGGGAUGCAAUCAACAUUGUGGAGACCUUUUCUCUGGGCAUCGUGUCUGCUCUCCUGAUGGACGGUUACGGUUCGCCGUUGUACCGCAACCUGAUCGAGGCUGGUCUUGGCACGGAUUGGAGUCCCAACAGUGGUUUCGAUACCUCUGGACGGAUCGGUAUCUUCUCGAUUGGUCUCACGGGUGUCAAAGAAGCAGAUGUUCCCAAAGUCAAGGAGGCCAUUCACAAAACCUUCGAAGAGGCCCACAGGACAGGCUUCGAGCAAUCUAAAGUCGAAGGAUAUCUCCAUCAAUUGGAAAUCAGCCUGAAGCACAAGACUGCAAAGUUCGGUAUGGCACUGAUGCAGAGGAUCAAGCCUCAAUGGUUCGAGGGAGUUGACCCGUUCGCGUCUCUGGCUUGGAAUGACACGCUUUCAGCAUUUAAGGCCGAGCUCGCAAAGGGCGGCUAUCUGGAAGGUCUUGUGGAGAAAUAUCUUCUUAAUGACAAUACUUUGACAUUCACUAUGAUACCGUCAGCGAAUUAUGGCGAGGAAUUGGCUCAAGAAGAAGCUGCACGUCUCGCAAGCAAGAUUGCCGAAGUCGCCGAGAGGGCUGGAGGUGAGGCAGAAGCUCGUGCGCAGUUGGAGAAGCAAGAGCUGGAACUGCUCGUUGAGCAAGGCAAAUCGAACACCGAGGAUUUGAGCUGUCUCCCGACUGUAUAUGUCAGGGACAUCCCGCGCCAAAAGGAGAAGGUAGAAGUUAAGGAGUCCAGCAUCUGCGGCAAUGUCAAUCACCAACUUCGAGUGGCACCCACAAACGGCCUCACUUAUUUCCGGGCUGUCAAUAAUUUUGAGAAUUUACCAGAAGAGCUCAGGGCUUUGAUUCCCCUGUUCACCGAUGCAAUCAUGAGGCUGGGUACAAAAGACAUGUCAAUGGAGCAAUUAGAGGACUUAAUGAAGUUGAAGACGGGAGGUGUUUCUGCCGCCUACACCUCUUCCUCGUCGCCUCUCGACUUCAGGUCUUCGACUGAGGGUAUGGUCUUUGCCGGAACUGUACUGGAUCGGAAUGUGUCCGAUAUGUUUGAUAUACUCCGAAAACUCGUGCUCGAUACAGACUUCGACGGUGCUGAAGCCCAGAGUCGAAUUCGACAGCUUUUGCAAGGUUCGGCGGACGGCGCAGUGAACAACAUCGCAUCGUCAGGGCACGUUUAUGCCAGAGGCUAUGCGGAGGCCGGACUCACGAACUACUUCCGUACGAGGGAGCAAGUGAGUGGAUUGUCGCAAGUUAAACUUGUCACUUCUUUGGCGUCCAGAUCCGAGUCUGAAGGCCUGGCUGAUGUUAUCGAGAAGCUGAAGAUUAUUCAGAAAUUGUCAUUGAAAAGAUCGGGCAAUCUCCGCACCGCACUGACAUGUGGUUCAGAGAGUGUCUUGUCGAAUCAGAAGGCGCUAAAUAGAUUCUUGACCUCACUGCCAGGAGGCGGGAAAAAGAAAGCGAUGGAUCCUUCUCCUCCAAUUUUCUCCAGAAACACCAAGACAUUCUUUCCCCUACCUUACCAGGUGUACUACGGUGCGCUUGCGCUCCCGACGGUAUCUUACGUGGAUGCAGCCGGUGCGCCUCUCCAAAUCCUGUCCCAGCUGCUGACUCACAAGCACCUGCAUCACGAAAUUCGCGAGAAGGGCGGAGCUUACGGCGGAGGCGCCUAUUCUCGUGGACUGGAUGGCGUCUUCGGUUUUUACUCAUACCGAGACCCGAAUCCACUGAACACCAUUUCCAUUAUGCGCAAUGCUGGACAGUGGGCUGUGGAGAAGAAAUGGACGAAGCGCGACCUCGAGGAGGCCAAACUGUCUGUCUUCCAAACUGUCGAUGCGCCUGAAUCUGUCAACGCUGAAGGUAUGACCCGCUUCAUGUCUGGAGUGUCAGACGAGAUGUUACAAGAGCGACGAGAGAGACUCCUAGAUGUCACGAGAGAUCAAGUGCGAGAAGUCGCACAGAAAUACAUCGUCGAUGCCCUUGAUAAUGAUCAAGGCCGCAUAGUCUUCCUGGGUGAGAAGCAAACCUGGGUUGAUGGCACCUGGGAGACUCGAGACAUGAAUGUGGCCGCUGCGCCACAUGUACCAGAAGUCCUUGACGAGGAGGACGUCAAAGAUGCUGCUAUGGGCUCGUGA